UGUAACUUCAGGUCGUCGUUCUACUCCGACAUCUGGUCUCACUUCCAUCAGGUUCACUCCGACACCAAAUACCUGCUGUGUCAGUACUGUCUGAGAGUGAUGCACAACAACAGCUGCUACCAGCAGCACUUCACCCGACACCAGAGGAAGCACGUGUUUGGCUGUGACAAGUGUCGCCUCCACUUCCUGUACAUCAGAGAGCGUAUUGAACACAAGAUGUACCACGGGACCCACAUCAGACCUCCCCAGCUCAUCGGACUCAAACCUGGAACGAAGGUGACUGUGAGGACGUACUCUGUCGUCCCGGGAUCCGAGAAAGAAGACGAGCGGACGAAACCAGUCGCUCUGUGCAAG